AUGUCCUACGAGCGAGAUCCUGAACAAACUCCGGCUAUUCUAUCUCCCCAAUAUGCUUCUCCGAACGACAAAUCCAUCCCAAACACCCCCACUACUAUGUCUCCCCCUAGUGCGAGAGACUCUGUCGUCGCCCGAUUUCAGAUACACUCGGCACAGAUUCCGAAGGCGUGGAUCUCUCCCAUCUGUGGAGCUGGCGCCGGUUUUGCGUCCGGCAUUGUCACCUGCCCUUUAGAUGUUAUUAAGACAAAACUGCAAGCCCAAGGUGGCUUUGCGACCAGAUCAUCCAAAAACCCAUACGCCAAAUCCUCACACAUCUACAAGGGCGUUAUCGGAACUGGUCGCGUGAUAUGGCGCGAAGAUGGUAUUCGGGGAAUGUACAGAGGGUUAGGCCCGAUGCUGUUGGGUUACCUACCUACAUGGGCUGUUUAUUUGACAGUCUAUGAAAACACCAGAGAAUUUUGGUACGAUACUUGUGGAAGCUGGUGGAUUGCUCGAUGUUACUCAUCCUUGACCGCUGGCGCGUGCUCGACCAUUUUGACCAACCCGAUAUGGGUCAUCAAGACCCGUUUGAUGUCUCAAAGCAGCAGAUCUGCCAGUGAUGGGAUGCGUGCCCCUUGGCAUUAUACUUCAACUCUGGAUGCUGCAAAAAAGAUGUACCACACUGAGGGAAUUCAGUCCUUCUACUCAGGUCUGACUCCCGCUCUUCUUGGACUGACACAUGUCGCUGUUCAAUUUCCACUUUACGAGUACUUCAAGAUGAGGUUUACUGGCUAUGGAAUGGGAGAGCAUCCUGCGGAGGACAGCGGAGCUAAUUGGGUUGGUAUCUCGGCGGCCACUUUUCUCAGCAAGAUAUGUGCCAGCACUGCAACCUAUCCCCACGAAGUACUUCGAACCCGUUUGCAAACUCAACAACGGAGAGGUUUGUCAUCCAGUGAUGGGCUCCAAGUGAAAGCACGCUAUACAGGUAUCCUACACAUGUCUCGAAUUAUCUUAGCAGAAGAAGGCUGGCGAGCAUUCUAUGCUGGAAUCGGGACCAAUCUCAUCCGUGCCGUCCCGGCUGCGAUGACUACCAUGCUUACUUAUGAGUGGCUACAAAAGACCAUUCGCCACUCUCAGGAAGUCGGUGCCGAAUUGGCAAAAACCUCCGAGGAAUACCGCAGCUGA